CUCUUGGAAGGGAAACAAUGGGGCGGAGGGCACUGCGGUAGCCGCCGCCGCCGCCGCGCCGGACCUGCUCGCCGCCCGGGACCGCCCGCUCUGCCCGCUGCCCACAGCCUCGCAGUCGGGACCGUACUGAGAUAGAUGCUUUUUAGACCGGAGACUUCGGCAUGCUUCCUUUGGACUGGGAAGGCUUGUUGAAUUGGGGCCGUACACAGUCAUUGGAAAUAAUAAGAGACGAAUGGAAAAAAAAAAAAAAAAAGAGGACGCCGUCUUAAGACAUGUAUUCCUCUGAGAAACCUUGGACAGCAGAUUUUGGUUUAAUAUCUGAUUGGGACAACAUUCAGAGCCAUUUCCAGUCAUGAAUUCAGACCAGGAUGUAGCACUCAAACUUGCCCAGGAGCGAGCUGAAAUAGUUGCUAAAUAUGACAGAGGACGAGAAGGUGCAGAGAUUGAACCUUGGGAAGAUGCUGAUUACCUUGUUUACAAAGUCACGGAUAGAUUUGGCUUUUUACAUGAGGAGGAGCUCCCAGAUCAUAAUGCAGCUGUGGAACGGCAAAAGCACCUGGAAAUUGAAAGAACUACCAAAUGGCUGAAAAUGCUGAAAGGAUGGGAAAAAUACAAGAACACUGAAAAGUUUCAUAGGCGAAUUUACAAAGGAAUACCACUCCAGCUCAGAGGUGAAGUCUGGGCCCUCCUUCUUGAGAUCCCUAAAAUGAAAGAAGAAACAAGGGACCUGUAUAGUAAAUUAAAACACAGAGCACGGGGCUGUUCACCUGACAUCAGACAAAUAGAUCUGGAUGUCAACCGCACAUUUCGGGACCACAUUAUGUUUAGAGACAGAUACGGUGUUAAGCAACAAUCCUUAUUCCAUGUUCUUGCUGCCUAUUCUAUUUAUAAUACGGAAGUCGGGUAUUGUCAGGGGAUGAGCCAGAUCACAGCUUUACUCCUCAUGUAUAUGAACGAGGAAGACGCCUUCUGGGCCCUGGUCAAACUAUUCUCAGGCCCUAAACAUGCCAUGCAUGGCUUUUUUGUCCAAGGUUUUCCUAAACUCUUGAGGUUUCAAGAACAUCAUGAAAAAAUACUGAACAAAUUUCUGUCCAAGCUUAAGCAACACUUGGAUUCUCAAGAAAUCUACACAAGUUUUUACACAAUGAAAUGGUUUUUUCAGUGUUUCCUUGAUCGUACUCCCUUUACACUAAACCUCAGAAUAUGGGAUAUCUACAUCUUUGAAGGAGAACGAGUUCUUACAGCUAUGUCUUAUACCAUCUUAAAAUUACACAAAAAACAUCUAAUGAAAUUGUCCAUGGAAGAACUUGUAGAAUUUUUUCAGGAGACCCUGGCAAAGGACUUUUUCUUUGAAGAUGAUUUUGUGAUAGAGCAACUUCAGAUUUCUAUGGCAGAACUAAAGCGGGCAAAGUUAGACCUUCCAGAACCUGGUAAAGAGGAUGAAUAUCCAAAGAAGCCCUUGGGGCAGCUUCCACCUGAAUUUCAGUCUUGGGGCGUCCAUCACUUGAGCAACGGACAGAGGAGCGUGGGCCGGCCGAGCCCGCAGGCCAGCGGCAGGAGGGAGAGCGGGGCGCCCCACAGGAGGCACGAGCACUCCCUGCACCACCAGAGCAGGACCGGGACACCCGAGAGCGCACAGCUGCCAAGACGGAAAUCGGUGGAGGAGGAGAGCAAAAAGCUUAAAGAUGAGGCAGAUUUUCAAAGAAAACUCCCAUCGGGUCCACAGGACAGUUCCAGGCAAUAUAAUCACGCAGCUGCCAACCAAAAUAGCAAUGCCACUUCAAAUAUCAGGAAGGAAUUUGUGCCCAAAUGGAAUAAACCGUCAGACGUCUCAGCUACAGAGAGAACUGCCAAAUACACCAUGGAAGGCAAAGGUCGAGCAGCGCACCCCACGCUCGCAGUCACCGCCCCAGGUCCUGCCGAGGUGCGGGUGUCAAACGUGCGGCCAAAGAUGAAGGCCCUGGAUACUGAGGACGGGAAGCGGGGCUCCACUGCAUCGCAGUACGACAACGUGCCGGGCCCGGAGCUGGACAGCGGCGCUUCCGUGGAGGAGGCGCUGGAAAGGGCUUACUCCCAGAGCCCACGGCAUGCUCUUUACCCUCCCAGCCCGAGAAAGCAUGCUGAGCCGAGUUCUAGUCCAUCAAAAGUAUCCAACAAGUUUACUUUUAAAGUACAGCCUCCAAGUCAUGCACGAUAUCCGUCCCAGCUAGAUGGGGAAGCCCGAGGGCUAGCUCAUCCCCCCUCCUACAGCAAUCCCCCCGUUUACCACGGAAACUCUCCCAAACACUUCCCUACUGCCAACAGCAGCUUUGCUUCUCCACAGUUUAGCCCUGGGACUCAACUGAAUCCUUCCAGGAGACCUCAUGGUUCUCUUUCCGUCAGUGCUUCUCCGGAGAAAUCUUACAGCCGCCCAAGCCCCCUUGUACUGCCGUCUAGUCGAAUAGAAGUCCUCCCUGUUGACACUGGUGCUGGGGGAUAUUCGGGCAAUUCAGGGUCACCAAAGAAUGGAAAAUUGAUCAUUCCGCCAGUGGAUUAUUUGCCAGAUAACAGAACAUGGUCAGAAGUUAGUUAUACAUACAGACCUGAGACGCAGGGACAGUCAUGGACCCGAGAUGCUAGCCGUGGCAAUUUACCAAAAUACUCAGCCUUUCAACUCGCACCCUUUCAGGACCGUGGCCUCCCUGCAGUUUCUGUAGAUAGUCCCCUGAGGUAUAAAGCUUCACCGGCCGCAGAAGAUGCCAGUCCAUCUGGAUAUCCAUAUUCAGGGCCCCCGCCUCCAGCCUACCACUAUAGGAAUCGGGACGGGCUUUCCAUCCAAGAGUCAGUGUUGCUGUGAGAUUUGAUGUGUACUUGCUAAAGACGAGAGAAACCACAUGAAACCUACAUUGCUAUGUUCAUAAUUGCCAAAGCGGUAUUUAUACUGUUGUAAACAACUCGCACAUCUCUCCUGUCUGUUAGUAAUAAGAAUACAGGGAAAUGUCUUCAGCCCCACGUAGAUGCUGCUGAAGAUGAGCGUUUAAAUUGCAUCAUCACUGACCUGUUAGAAUUUAACCCGGAAACAUAGCAAUAGCAUUUAGGGAUGCACGCACAAUGGUAAUUUAUUACUCAGUUCCGUUUAUGUUUUUCACCAAAAUCUGAACAUUUUUACUCUGUUGGCUCAUUCUGUUUUGACUAAUGUUACAAAGUACUGAAAAAACUGUAGAAUAGAUAUUUUUAACGCUAUAUGUAGUGUAUGUGUCUUUUAAUAGAUAUUGGCAUCUAUUCAUACACAUUUGAACACAGAGCUAAAGAAACGUUUUUUAAAAAACUACUUUUAAUCCAGAUCCAUGGAAUAAUAUGUAAUUCUCGUUUUCCUUGUCUUUUAGUCCAGUUUUUCUUUUUCCCUCUCAUAUUUGUAACCUGGGUCCUAAACUGACUGAAGAGUUUCUCCUGACUUUAUUAAUUGCAGUCUCACAGAAUGCUCAUCAUUCUCCUUCAGCUGUUGCCAUUUUCUUUCAAUCUGAAAAUUAAAGACAUUGGAGAGAAAGGCUAACCACUUAAUGGUGCUUAAAAAUCGGGGCAGUUAAAAUAAGUUUACGGCCAAAGGUGCAGCAGUGCUUAUCAUACAUAUCCACAUACUAAGAGAUUGGUCUUAGUGCGUUUAUGCCCUUUGUUCUGGUCUGACUCUUGUGAAUCUCAGAGCAGGAGAAGUUGCAGCUUACUGAUCCCUCAGUGCUCACAGUACUCAUGUGGGGCAGUCACACUAACUAGAUUAGCAAUGUGGUUACUUCUUUCUUCUGCCUCGACUCACAUAGCUUCUCCCCACGAAGGUCCCAGGGUGGCCAUUUACACAAUCCAUUUCUGGCCUCUUUAUGGAAUGUAAUUGACGGAUAUUGCUGCACCUCAUCGGGCCAUUACAUUGUCCAUGUUAAAAUUAUAAAAAUGAUUCUAGUUUUUCACAGGAGUCUAGGAUUUUGAUCUUUUAAAAAAUACAGUGUGAUUUCAUGAUUUUGAAAAUCUUUUUUUUUUUUUUCAUUGAAACAAAUUCAAGUUCUUGGCUUAAAAAAAAAAUUAGUGAUGUCUUUAAAAAUAUUCUGUUACACUACACAUACCAAUACACUGACAAAGAUUUAGGCACUCCAAGAGAGUAUGACUUCGUGUUUAAUUGGGGAGCUUGUUUUCAACAUUGCUUAUAUUUGAAUAGUAGAAAACCCGACACUGAUGUUUCUUCCUGUUGCAAGGUGGGGCUUUAAACUUCAAGGUACAAAAGUAUGUCUUUUAAAAUGAAAGUAACGUUUGUUUAGCUAGUGAAUGUGACAAUAUAUUUUAUGUAUAUAAUGAGUCUAAUGUAAUUUUAAUCAACUUGGUAAUGAUGUUAUUAAAUAGCAAAACAAGUGCAGUGUAUUAAAGCUAAACACUACAUUGAAACGCAAACAAAAUUCUGAUGAAAUAACUGGGCUCUUGAUUCAGAUCAGGUGGAAGCUGAGAAAUAAAUGUAUAUAAAUAUGUAGCUGAGGAUAUUAAUUCCCAUUAUAUAACCAUAAUUCUGUGACUUGUAAUAAACCAAGCUGUACAAUUUAGUUUAUAAUAGCAGUAUCUGAGCUGCUCCAAAAUAUAUAUAUCAACAAUGGUAAAUACUGUAGAUUUUAUAUAUAUAUAUAUAUGCAAAAAAUAUAUAUAUACACACAAGCACUAUUUUCUUAUGUCAUUUAUGACAUUUUUAUCUGUAUACUUUUUUGAUGUGAUUGUUUUUUAACAUGCUAAAAGUAAUAAGUA